AUGCAGCCCUUGCGCAACCGACUCAUAUGUCGCGCCCAUAAUCGCUUCUCGCCCUCCAUUGCCCUGUGGCAGCACUUUGUCGCACCCAGCCGCCCACUUCUCCUCCAGCAGCGCCUCUCGUCCUCCACAACCGAAGCUACACAAGACAAUGGGACUCAAGACGUUGGGGGUAUUGGCUCUCAAGAGGCGAUCAAGAUCAACAAAUCGGGUGCCGAGUCUGGAGGGGAGGGACAGCAAGAGGGCAGGAUCGAUAAACAACCCCAACUGAAGAUUAAGAAGAAAAAAACUCAAAAGGGCAAAUGGUUUCCCACUCCAGUAGAGGCAUCCAUAGCCAAAAAUAUCCAGAAAUCUAUCGACAAGGGACCCGCCGAACACCGGGAGAUGCUUGCUACUGCGAGAGCCGCAUUCAACCAAGCCGAGGACUAUGAGGGUGUUGUUGUGAAGCCCAUAUUCCAUCCUAAACCUGUCUGGGAGAAGGCGCUACCUUGGUGUGUCAGUGAAGAGGAGAUGCAAUUGGAUGGGAUUGAAAGGCUGGCUAUCGAGAUCCCAAAAUUCCACGAAUAUGUGACACCGAGCAAAAUGCAGAAAGUCGCUCGGAAACACGUCAUCAAACGGGUUGAAAAACACGUCCAAUACAUUCUCCCAAAACACACUCUCGAGGUGUUUGGUUCGGAGAGGACGGGCUUGGCUCUGGCUACAUCAGACAUCGAUCUUCGAUUGAUAUCGCCAGGGCAAGAUAGGACUGCUGAAGCGGCCAAUUUUCCACCCGUGCCUACUGUACGAACAGAGUUGCGGGAAGAUCUACAGAAACUAUACCGACGAAGUCUGCAAAAACACAAGUCGUACAUAUUACCUUCGAUCCGCUGGGCGCGUUACCCUUUGAUAUCCCUACAAGAUCUGAGGUCCGGCCUGGAUGUGCAGAUUGUGUUGUCAAACGAUACGUCGGCCUCGAGGAAGAUCAUGCAAGAGUACAUGAACGAGUAUCCAUACCUCGCGCAACUGCACACUCUGAUAAAGACCAUGUUCGAUCUCCGAGGCCUCUCAGACGUUUUCCGAGGAGGCUUUGGGUCCUACUCGCUUUUCAUGAUGAUUGUAGCCAGCCUUAAACACAGCCCGCAUCCGCGCAACGAUGCCGCAGGAGGUUUCAUGAACUUCCUCAAAUUCUACAGCGACUUCGACACUACGAAGAAGGGCAUCUCCAUCGAUCCCGUCAUGCUAUUCGACAAGGUAGCCGAUGCCCCCUUGACCGGCACAACCAAAGCCAAGCUCCAGGAAGGACUCAACAAACCCCUCCCGAACUACAUGCUCAGCCUGCGUGACCCCGCCGACGAGACAAACGACCUCGGUCGCAAAGGCAUAGCAAUCAAGCAUGUCCAAGCGACCAUCAAAUCUCUGUCCCGCCAGCUCCUGCACGACAUAGGUCACAAUAACCGGUUCAGCAUACUAGCCCCCCACGUGGGCCCCUGCUUCAGGCUCAACGAAGGCCGUCACGCUAAACUCGAGACAUUCGGCACCUUCCUCUGGGAGAAGAUAAAGAUUCGACUCGAUGAAACAGCCAAAGUAGUACGAGAGGCCGAGAAGACAACACGAAUGGCCAAUCAGAUCAAACGAAAGGCCGAUCAGGCAAAACGAGAGGACGGUAUUGAACAACCGCAGGCAGAGCUGGAGGAAAGAGCCGCGGCCAAGUCUGCAUCCGUGCAACAGGAGGCUGUUGCUGAGGAAGUCGACUUGACGGAAGAGCCAGAGCCGAUUGUCGAUACGUCUGCCGAAGGGGCAAAAGAGUCGAGCAGUGUAUGA